AUGAAACAUGUUCACCGCGCUGUAGCUGCCAAGACGGUGGCUGUAUCCGGAAGGAAAGCUCCAGUGGCCCGCAAGACCAAGGAACAAGAUGAGGAUUACGUGCCCGAUGAAGAGGAAGAUUUGACUCCCCCUCGGAAAAAGCAGAAAGGUGCCAGAAGCACCGAGGCCAAGAAGAAGGUGGUAAAGAAAACAGCCGUCGCUAAAACGAAGAAGACCGCAGCUGGUACCAAGAAAGCCGCUCCUAAGAAACCGCGUAACUCAACUAAUGCCAAAGCCAAAGAGAAAGAAGCAAAGACAGCGGCAGCCGUCAAACGAUGCCUCGCCUCAGCAGCAGCUGAAGUCGAGGGUGCUGCAGCACACAAGGCAGCGCGAGAACGAUUGAAUAACCAGGCGAGCAAAUCGACCGACGCUGCCAACACGACGGAUGAUAUCGCGAGUGCUUUGACGGCGCGGAUGGCGACGACACACCAUCCUGUACUACAUGAUCAAUCUCCAACAUCUCAGGAGCAGGAUUAUACAACCUUUCAACGUGACACCAGCACUGAAGACUUACUGGAAAUCAGAGAACCUUCGGACGAGCGAGCUCAACCAAACGCGCCAGUAGCGGAAUUACCGGAGGACGAAUCCAUAUCGACGGGCACUACUGGGUCUGGUUUUCUGGAUUCAGAUUGCGAGGACACUGAGGCCGAGAUCUGCUUCUUAGACGACGAUGAUGAGUUGGAACGCGCAAGAAGUGAGACGACAAGUGUGAACACGGCUGAUGAAUCAAGCUUCCUCAGUGACGGCGAAGCAGAAUCUAACCAUGACGAUGACGCCGAUUCGAAUGAUCAAGAUUGUGCGGAGUCGCUCGCUGAUUCACACUCCACGCGCGUGAAAUGUGUUACCGAAGCACGAAAUGGUUCAUUUCGCGAAGGAUCUCAACAAUAUGGCCGAAAUGCGAGCAAGUGGGUGGACACUAAUUGGAGCUGUGGCACGGGGGACUACAUGCCGCGUCACAGGUUCGAGCACAUCAUGACGAACCUCCACUUUACAAACAACGCAGAUGCCCAAGCAGUUACGGACCGAGCCUGGAAAGUCCGACUUGAAGUCUACUGUGGAAGUGCGCAGAAUACUCACGAAAUUGGCAAUGUUCCGGAAAAUCAACUCUCGGCUGACCCAAAUACGGGUCCAUCAGCGGUGAUUCGAAACCUAGAGGUCGUGCUUCCUGCCGCACAAGACAAUUUGUACCAUCUUGUCGUGGCGGAUCGCUUUUAUACUUCAGUCCAGCUUGCUUUCCAGUUGCUGUCUCGCGAUGUAUACACCAUUGGAACAAUCAUGGGCGACAGAGUCGGGUACCCACAAGAAAUAGUGGAGCGAAGUCGUGAUCGACCGAAAGGAGUGCCGCAUGGCACUGUGCAAGUGGCGGUUGCCAAAAUCUGCCCUCAGAUGACAGGACUCGUGUGGUGGGACAGAAAACCUGUCCAGUUUUUAGGAACAGGUUUGAGCAGAGCGCUGGAAACGUGUCAGCGCCGGACGCGCGGUAGCAAAGGAAAGCGACAAGCCGUCCCAUGUCCAUCCACGGUUCGAGAUUAUCACCGCUGGAUGGGCGGGGUUGAUAUUCACGACCAACUCCGCCUCCUGCGGUAUUCUCUCCAACUACAGACAUGGUGCAAAAAGUACUACAAGACGAUAUUCAUGGGACUAAUCGAUGUCGCGAUUGUGAAUGCAUAUAUCGUCUUCAGAGAGGCGCAGAAGAGAUUCGAUGCUCGACCCAUUUCGCAUGCUGAGUUUUUGCUGAAGCUUCACGCGAACAUGCUGGAUCUGGAUGAACGCAGUUUUACUGACCAGGCACCCCCAACCGACAUCGACAGCGAAGCGUUCGCCCCAAUGGUGGGCCACGAAGCACAAGAAAGUCCGGAUUAUCAAAUUGUCAAUGGCGUUCGUAAACGGCGUCAGCGUCAAUGCAAGGUGUGCUCCUUGCUGAAGCGGCGCAUUGGUGAACGGCGUGCCACAAAGUACUACUGCCCCACAUGUAGCCCGUCGGAAAAGGCUCGAACAUGCCUGUGCCAAAAAGUCUGGUAG